AUGGCUCAACGCAAACUUAGCGAUGACAAACUGAAAUUGUAUGCCGCAAACCAGACCACCAUUCGAACUUUUGGAAAUCAGGAUCUCGAACUCGACCUGGGCCUGGAUCACAACAUAUCCUUUCUCCUUUCUUUCCGGUCUCCGCUACAAAGAAGACGCAAACAUGUUCAUGCCAAAGGCCCAUCGUGUCGCGUCAAGGAGCAGUUUGCUUGGAGACACUACUACUGGUUUGAGGAGCUCCGCAACUACCUGCACUCCCCAGAGAUCGUGCCCUCGACCCUGAAGCGCCCUGCUCGCUCUGAAACUGUGCGCCCACGCCCAGCUGCUGGCGGCCCACGCGGUACUGGUGAUGCCUCCAAGACUGGCGAGGAUCGCUCGGCUUACAGACGCGCCCCCGGCGGCAGCGGUGUGGACAAGAAGGGAGACGUUGGACCCGGCGCUGGAGAGGUUGAGUUCCGUGGCGGAUUCGGUCGUGGCUCGCGCAACUAAAUACGCGGCGCCCUUCUUUUUUU